AUGUCGUCAGAGGGUAACGAAGGUUCCCAACGGGAUGAGCGUGCUCUGAGACGUGCCAUCGCAAAGCGCAACGAACUGGUUGAACACAUGAAAACAUUGUACGACAUAGCUUUAACGUUACAAACAGAUAAAAGUGUUAUUCCUAUAUUUCUCGCUCGCAAUAAAGAUGUUGAAAAUUAUGUCAUGGAUCUCAAUUUGGAGACGGACAUUAUUUUAGAUCAAUUAAUUGUACUAAACAGAGAUAGUGAAUAUGCAAUACAACAUAUACCCAUAAAAAGGACGUUUAUGGAACAAUACUAUUUUAUAACUGCAAUUACAUCCACAUUAGGUUUGGAUGCCCGCUCUAACGCACACCAUGAAACGACAAGUUCCCAAUGUCAGUUACCAAAAAUACAGUUACCUAUAUUCGAUGGUGAACUAUUGCAAUGGCGAACUUUUCGUGACACAUUUGCGUCAUUAGUUCAUGACAAUCCUACUCUGUCGCAAAUCGAAAAGUUUCACUAUUUAAUAUCAUCUGUUACGGGGUCCGCAGCUUCUUGUGUCCGUGCCCUUCCGCUUACAGCGGACAAUUAUAUUAUUGUUUGGAAUAACUUACAUACUCGCUAUGAUAAUAAACGUGUAUUGAUUACUGCUCAUUUGGACUCAAUAUUUCGAUUUGCCCCAUUACAAAAAGAGUCAUUAUCAGGCCUACAAAACUUUUUAAGUACAUUUCAAGAAAAUAUAGCGUCGAUUAGGGCUCUUGACAUCAAUGAUUUUGAAGGCUUCUUAUUGUUUUAUGUGGCUUCGCGAGCAUUAGACUCAACAACCAAACGAUUGUUUGAGUCCGCGCAUCACAAUGUAACCACGCCUAGCAUUGACUUGCUGCUAACAUUUAUACAAACACGUUGCAAUAUUUUACAUAACUCUUCAUCGGUAAUUUGUCAUCAAUCCAAUAAACAACCACAAAAAUACGUCCGUAAUAAGACUUCAUUGAUGUCAUUAAACGAUAGGAAAUUAUGCAUUAAAUGUAAAAAUACACAUUUCCUACAUCAAUGUCCUGAUUUUAUUCAAUGUACUGUUCACCAGCGUUUUAAGUUUGCACAAGCGAAUCGAUUGUGUAUGAACUGUUUAAACCCACAACACAAGACUUCUGAGUGUAUUUCUACACAUACGUGUCGACAAUGUUCUGGCAAGCAUCACACUAUGUUACAUUUGGACAAAAUCAAUAAAAGAAAAGAGUUACCUCCUAACCCGUCUGCAGACUGUCCGUCCAGUUCAGUGAGUAUCCCUGAACCAGUUGUUACACCAAAUGAAGCACCAUUUAGUGGAACAACAUGUACAUCAAGUAAUGUUAUAUUGGGGACAAUCGUUAUACGCAUUCGUGAUUACAUGGGCCAUUGGACAAACGUCCGAACUCUGUUAGACACUGGCUCUCAAGUAUCAGUAAUAACAAAUGCCUGCGUGACGCGGUUAGGUUUAGAACGUCGUCAAUGUCAAACAGAGAUAACCGGACUAUCACAGACUAUUGUAACAGCUACCAAAGGAAGUACAUGGUGUACCUUUGUACCUGUUAAUAAAGAAAGUCCUCAUAUAUCAUGCGAACCGUUAAUUUUGUCACGCAUAACAGGUCCUAUGCCGACGAUGACACUAGAUUCUAAAAUUCGCCGAACGUAUAGUCAUAUCGAGUUUGCUGACCCACACUUUGAUACACCUGGACCAAUUGAGUUUCUAUUGGGAGCAGAUAUCUAUCCGAACAUUUUUGGUAAUUGUUCACGUAUGUUACAUACUCCAGGUUUGCCGUCCGCAUAUGAGACACUUUUCGGUUGGAUAAUAUUAGGUCAGUCAAAUGUCAACGUUUCUACGUCACCGGUAUCACUAUUACUCAUGGCUGAACCAUCUAUCGAAAAUAUGUUAUGUAAGUUUUGGGAACUUGAAGAACCCACAAAAUCCACGUUGCCAUUCACCGAUGACCAGAGAUGUGAAGACCAUUUCAAACAAACUACGAAAAGAGACUCUACGGGACGUUAUUCGGUUUCAUUUCCGUUUCGUAUCAACCCAUCUCACCUCGGAGACUCGCACGAAAUGGCACUUUCGAGAUUUUAUAAUUUAGAACGCAAGCUAUUAAAAGAUCGUGAACUUUAUGAUCAAUAUCGUGCGUUUAUGCAAGAAUAUAAAGACCUCGGUCAUAUGACCAUAGCUCGUCAACCCGGUAAAUACUACAUUCCACAUCACGCUGUGGUUAAACGCAUCGGUUCAGCAGUAAAACUUAGAGUCGUUUUUGAUGCGUCAGCCAAGUCGUCAACGGGAAAAUCACUUAACGACUUACUUCAUGUUGGCCCGAAAUUACAAACCGAUAUUUCCGAUUUACUACAUCGAUGUCGUACACUUAAAUAUAUGUUCACUGCGGACAUAUGUAAAAUGUACAGACAAAUUAAAAUAAAUACUGAUGAUUGUACAUAUCAACAUAUAUUAUGGCGUAAAAGUCCGGUUGAUCAACUUGAAGAAUACGAACUGCUCACGGUGACAUACGGGGUCUCCGUGUCACCUUAUCAAGCCAUUCGAGUCCUACAUCAGUUAGAGAUAGAUAGUGGUAGUAUAUAUCCUAAUAUAACUAAUAUUUUGUCUACACAAACGUAUGUGGAUGAUAUAAUCUCAGGUCACAAUACCACAUCGGGUUUACUUGUUCAGUACGAAGAGCUCAUAAACUUAUUACAACACGGUGGAUUUGAACUAAAAAAGUGGUCAUCCAAUUGUCCAGCGUUAUUACGUAAGAUUCCUGAGGACGAUAGAGCAAUCAACAUUUCAUUUGACCCUAAAGACGAUGGAUCUGUGAAAAUACUAGGACUUCAUUGGGAUCCGAUCCAUGACCUUUUUAGUUAUCACGUAUCGAAUAUUUUUGAUAACUGGACUAAGAGAACAGUCUUGUCAACUAUAGCACAGUUAUAUGACCCACUUGGUGCAUUAGCUCCGGUCAUAUUUUGGGCAAAAUGUUUUAUGCAGCGGUUGUGGCAAUCUGGCAUAAACUGGGACGAUCCGUUACCUCCCCUGUUAUUAAACGAUUGGAAACAGUUUUCUGGGGAACUUCAUUUAUUAUCAGGCAUUAAAAUACGUCGACAUAUUCACACAUAUACGCACCAGUCCGUGCAGUUGAUUGGUUUUUCCGAUGCGUCGGAAAAGGGUUACUCAUCAGUAGUCUAUAUUCGGUGUGUUGACAGUACGGGAAAUAUUUUAGUUUAUUUACUUACAGCUAAAUCCAAAGUGGCACCCCUCAAGCUAGGCAAACUGGAUAAUAAUCUUACUAUUCCCCGUCUUGAGUUGUGUGGCGCCUUGUUGUUGGCCCAAACAUUACAUCGUAUGUCAAUAACACUGAAGGAUAUUAUACCCGUUAUAGAAAUACACGCCUGGACGGAUUCGAAGGUCGUUUUGUCAUGGUUGACGUCACCGCAGUCGAAUUUUAAGAUUUUUGUAACAAAUCGAUUAUCUAAAAUUGCCGACUUAUUGCCAAAUUGUCAAUGGCGCCAUGUGUCAUCAGAUCUGAAUCCCGCUGACUGUGUAUCCCGAGGGAUAUUUCCAUCUCUAAUUCAAAAUAAUUUGCUGUACUGGAAUGGACCUCCGUUUCUAUUAUUACCUGAUCACUUAUGGCCAUCGUCAAAAAUAACGUUGAUUCCACCAUCACAGUUGCCGGAAUAUAAACCAAGCCAAUGUGUAUGUAAUAUUAUAGUACCUGACGCGCCAUUAGAGUGGAUAAACAACUUUUCGUCGUUCACCCGGUUGAUACGCGUCACAGCGUGGAUAAUACGAUUCUGUCAACGAACAAGACAAAAACGUAAGCUACUGGAACCUCUAUCACUGGAACCUUUGUCGCGUGAGGAGUUAGACAAUGCCAUAAUUCCACUCGUCAUAACAACGCAAAAAAAUAGUUUCUCAAAUUUAUUACAAACGCUGCAAGUCCCAGAUGCCAAAGUUUCACCUCGAUCGCUAGCUCAACUGUCACCGUUUGUUGACGUAUGUGGUAUACUUCGAGUUGGAGGUCGUAUACGUCAAUCGAACGCACCUGUAACUACACACCAUCCUAUUCUAUUGCCAAAAGAAUCUGCAUUAACGACAUUAAUUAUCCGUCAUUUCCAUUUGACGUAUUUCCACGCUGGCGCACAACUUACAGCAUCACUUCUUCGACGGCGGUAUUGGAUAUUAUCAUGUCGGUUAGCGAUCCGAAGUGUUAUCUUUAAGUGUGUCAUAUGUGCUAGACAUAGAGCCACAGCCCCUCAACCAUUGAUGGCUGAUCUGCCAGCGUAUCGCGUUCGUCCAGCUCGGCCGUUUUCACACGUGGGGAUUGAUUUUGCUGGACCAUUUCUUAUAAAGGAAGGACGUCGAAAAACCACCCGGUCCAUAAAAUGCUACUUAUGUAUAUUUGUGUGUAUGGUAGUAAAGGCUUCUCAUAUCGAAGUUGUCUCGGAUCUAUCAACAGAUGCAUUUCUAGCGUCACUACAUCGGUUCGUAUCUCGACGAGGCAUACCGUCCAAUAUUUAUACCGAUUGUGGAAGCAACUUUAAGGGUGCCGACCGACAGUUACAACUGUUAUUUUCGGAUCCAUCAUCUCAAUCAUCGUUUAUUGGCGCUAUUCCAUGUAAGUGGCAUUUCAACCCACCUGCCGCACCGCACUUUGGAGGACUCUGGGAAGCUGCUGUCAAGUCAACCAAAUACCAUCUACGACGAGUUAUCGGUACGCAAUUACUUACGUAUGAGGAAUUGUCUACGUUAUCGGCUCGCGUAGAGGGUAUCCUAAACUCACGACCGUUGACAGCAUUAUCGACGGAUCCCAAUGAUCUGUGUUCGUUAUCACCCGGAGAUUUUCUCAUUGGUCAGCCAUUGGUCGCUAUACCUGAGUCCGAUACGACUUCAACGCCAUUGAAUCGACUUAACCGUUGGGAGUUGAUACGUCACAUGUAUCAAUCGUUUUGGAAACGCUGGUCCAAUGAAUAUUUGACGUCUAUACAAAGUCGUAAUAAAUGGACGCAUCAGCAACGAAAUGUCAAGGUUGGAGAUCUCGUCCUUGUCCAAACGCCCAAUCAACCUCCCACACAUUGGAAGCUCGGACGUAUUGAAGAAGUGCAUCCCGGAAGUGAUGACAUAGUGCGCGUUGUAACUGUCCGUACGGCCGACAGUGUUGUAAAACGACCAGUGGUAAAAUUAGCUAAACUGCCAUUGGAUACUAACCCAUCCAUAUAA